GACGGUCGCCCUGCAGAGGGGCUGAGCUCCUGGGUAUGCCGUCGCUGCUCUAAGAAAGCGCAGAUGGUGUCCGUUGCCAACGAUGCCAGCCUCGCCAUAAGCAAUACAGGAAGGGAGUCCAGUUCCACUGUUCAACCACUCCGUGACGCAUCGAACUCUAAUGUAAUGGAAACUGUGUCGGAAGUAACCUCAAAUCAACUCCAGCCAGACACCAUUGCCAUGACAGGAUACCCGGAACAAGCGGCACCGCCGAUUGAACGCGAAAGAUAUGAGGGAGGGUCCCAUCCUGUGCUGUCCGACUUGGAUACCAGAAAUCAGAGAAUGAACCAGCAUCUUCAAAGCUCGAGAUCGUUUUUGGAGAACAUUGCCACCCGGCUGCUCUCGUCUCCGUCAGCUGUAUCUUCGCACACGUUAUCCACAAUUUCUCAGUCUGACACCGACUCGCGCUCGUCGAGCCACGCACAAUCACGCUCUCUCUGGACAUCUGUCCGCUCAACGUCUCCUUCAUCAACGAAUGCCAGCUCCUCCACUCCCAACCAAGCGCAUACACCCACUCCUCAGCCCGAGAUUCCCAUGCGAUAUGUGGAUAAAGGCAAAGGCAAAGAAACCAUGCCUGACUUCCGCGCCAUCAUCGCCAACCUGCGCGCAGCGGGAAAACUCGCCGGCCCCCCUCCUGCCGAUUACUUGGUUGACAGCAAAGUAUCGAGACAGGGAUUCUCCAGUGACUAUCGGCCCUCUACUCCGCGAGGUCGCAUGUCAGAGGAGCUAUCCGAUAUACAACGAGAUCUUGCGGGCAUGCACGUGGAUCCGCAAGACGACGACGACCUAUACGCAGUUACGGAACCAUCUACAUCAAGUUCAUCACGAGAAGCGAGAUAUCGAGCUGCCCCGCGCGGUUGGCGUGGGCAGUUCCUGGCGACAUCACGGGAGAAGUCACUCACCUCUCUUGAUCCUGGCGAUGGUCGCUCCGGAUCUGGUCAAGACGUGAACGAGGAAGAGGUUCUCGAGCUCUAUUUCAAUCUUCAGCAACGACGCUAUGACAGCCUCGAGAAAGGCCAGAGGGACAAGUUUGAUGAGGUACUAGCACGGAGGGCACAUGCCGCAGCGACUCGACAUCAGGGUCGGGAAGAGGAACCGAGGAGACAACGGAAGGGCCCGGCCUCCUCUCUCAGCGCAAAAGUGAAGCUCAGGAAAAACAAGACUGUUUUAAAUUUAACAGUCGGUGAUUUGUUACGUGACAAGGGACGACUAUUACUUGACUAAGCGAUGAGGAAGAUGUCAGAAUUAUCAGAUUAGCCCUUUUCAUACAGACCGUACACACAACUUUCUCUUGGCGGCCUGUCUCUGCCAACGGGAUUGAUACAUGUGUGCAGUUUCUGAACAAUGUAGACGUAU